GCGGGCCAAUCAGUUCCUACCAUUUCCCAAUUCCACCUUGUCAAGUUGAAGUCUCUUUCUCGGCAUUUCUCUCUGCCGUCCCCAGCCACAGCCAGCUUUUCAAGUCUUCAACCUCCAUUUCUUCCGACGAUCUGCGGGAUGGGCGGCGGCAAUCGGUGGUUGAGGCCUGAGGUUUAUCCUCUGUUCGCCGCGACGGGAGUUGCUGUAGGGAUCUGCGCCUUUCAGCUGAUUCGCAACAUCUCCGGCAAUCCUGAAGUCAGGGUGAAGAAGGAUAACAGGGCAGCGGGAGUACUGGAGAACUUUGCGGAGGGAGAGAGGUACUCGCAGCAUGCCCUUAGGAGGUUCGUGCGGGACAGGGCGCCUGAGAUCAUGCCCAAACUCAACAGCUUCUUCUCCGACCCCAAAUGAAAUGGGAAAAACUACAUUGUUUUGUCCCCAAGCUGUUCUAAUACAAAAGAAAUGGAAUGCGGUGGAGGACUCUAUUCUUGUGAUGGAAACAUUGGUGUUGCAGUUUACUGGACGCACAUAUUCAAACUCAGAAAAUAACAACUGGUUCUGGAUUCACUGCAUGGAUGCAACUUUGACCUAUCUCUUUGUGCUGUGAUUAUGUGAUGCUCGUUCCAUGGGGUCUAUUCCAGCGCUUUUUUUUUUUUUUUGAGUUUUGACAAUGGCUAUGCUCGUGCGUGUUCUCGAUGUUAUGCUUGUGAAUGCAAAUAUUAGUUUAGAUCCCUUGGGAAAUGCAGACUGGUGAGCAAUGUUGUCAAAAUCACAUUUUAAGAUUUUGAUGACGUUGCCUAUGAGAGACGAAACUUGCGCCUGUAAGUUGUCCUUGCUCGUCUGAAGGCCGCUCGAAAUCUGGAGAACCGAAACCUACUUUGUGGGAUGUGGUAUCUGUGGAUUUGAGAAUGGCGUUUGCAGAAGUACAGGAUUGAUGGGUUUAGAUGUAUUGAACUAUUGUGAAAUGCGCCAAGAUGAUCAAUGUUAGAUACACAGGAAAUGAUGAAAUCAAAUACCC